GAGCAGUCAAUAAAUCCGAAAAGAUGCGUUAUUUCUUGUGCAUGCUGCUGCUGUUAGUGGUUUUGGAGGUGGUUGUGGAGGCAAGAAGAUGGAAAGGAAAGCCGGAUGUGUGCAGAUACAUGUUUGUGAACCCCAGAAUUGCGUUCAAGCAAUGCAGUGCAGCAUGCUGGAGGCAUAAGAAUUGCUGGGGAUACUGCGACCUAAAACACGGGCGCAAGCAAUGCAUAUGUGGGGAUUGUGAACGGGCAUGCUCUCCGCCACCAACCAGACAACCGGCAACUAGCCCAACGGCACCGACUGAACAGCCGGCAACUAGCCCUUCGGCACCAACACAGCCGAAAACUAUAUAUGUUGAAGCGGAUUUACCCCAUGAUCCGUCUCAAAUCACAGCAUACCUCGACCAUCUUCAGCAAAUGAUGAAGAAACUGGAGAUUGCUUACGAAGCAACCGAUGUCUUCCUUGACAUUUUAGAUGGUAGACCAACAAUUGUUGCGAUGAUGCCAGAAGUCGAAUGCAAAAAGGUCCCAGCAAUGAUAGAGGAAUUGAAAAAAAAUUUUCACAAGACAUCAUACUUGACUAUGCCGUGUCGAUCAUGA